AUGGAGUUCUCCUAUCUCUUUAUCCUUAGUAUCUUUUUCUUGUUGGUUUCACUCUCCCUUAAUCUUCUCUACUUCAAUAAAAACUCUUCACACUUGGCCGGAACCCUACCUCCGGGCAAGACUGGAUGGCCAUUCAUUGGAGAAACCCUCGAGUUUCUGUCGACCGGUUGGAAAGGUCACCCUGAAAAAUUCAUCUUUGAUAGGAUGUCUAAGUACUCCUCUAGUGUCUUUAAAACUCACCUUUUAUUGGAAAAAUCAGCAGUUUUUUGUGGUGCUGCGGGUAACAAAUUCUUAUUUUCGAAUGAAAACAAACUCGUACAAGUAUGGUGGCCUGAUUCCAUCAACAAAGUUUUCCCAUCUUCGGUUGAUCAAAACACGACUAGUAUAAAUGAACAAGGCAUGAAAGUUAGAAGAUUGCUUCCGAAUUUCUUCAAGCCCGAGGCUCUUCAACGUUACGUUGGAAUCAUGGAUUCAAUUGCUAAACGCCAUUUUGAGUCAUGCUGGGAAAACAAGAGCCAAGUGCAAGUCUACCCUCUUGCAAAAAGAUACACUUUCUGGUUGGCUUGUAGAUUGUUUAUGAGUGUGGAAGAUCCUGAACAUGUUGCUAAAUUUGCAAAACCCUUUGAUGUUUUGGCUGCUGGAUUGAUUUCUAUCCCAAUUGACUUGCCAGGAACGGCGUAUAACCGUUCGAUCAAAGCUUCGAAUUUGAUAAGAAAGGAUCUUUUGGCGAUCAUAAGGCAAAGGAAGAUUGAUUUGGCGGAGGGAAAAGCAUCGGCAACACAAGAUAUAAUGUCACACAUGCUAUUGACAAGUGAUGAAAGUGGGAAAUUCAUGCAUGAGUCGGAAAUAGCUGCUAAGAUAUUAGGUUUAUUGGUUGGUGGACAUGACACUGCUAGCUCUGCAUGCACUUCAAUUGUUAAGUUUCUUGCUGAGCUUCCUCACGUUUAUGAAGCUGUUUAUAAUGAGCAAAUGGAAAUUGCCAAGUCAAAAGCACCAGGAGAAUUAUUGACGUGGGAUGAUCUUCAGAAGAUGAAAUACUCUUGGAACGUGGCAUGUGAGGUUUUAAGACUUGCACCACCUCUCCAAGGUGCUUUCAGAGAAGCCAUUGCUGAUUUCAUGUUUAAUGGUUUCUCCAUUCCCAAAGGAUGGAAGCUAUAUUGGAACUCCAACACGACCCACAGAAAUCCAGACUUUUUCCCAGAACCUCUAAAGUUUGACCCAUCAAGAUUCGAGGGAUCAGGACCAGCUCCUUUUACAUUUGUGCCAUUUGGAGGAGGUCCUAGGAUGUGUCCUGGAAAAGAGUAUGCAAGACUAGAAAUACUUGUAUUCAUGCAUCACGUUGUGAAAAGGUUCAAGUGGCAAAAAGUUAUUCCUAAUGAGAAGAUUAUUAUUGAUCCAAUGCCUGUUCCUGCCAAGGGUCUUCCAGUUAAACUCCACCCUCAUUAA